UCCUACACUGUAAACUCUGUUGACACAAAAUCAUGCCUGCUGGUCAACACCUAUUCUGCUCUACAUACUAGAACCUUUAUUUUGGGGGGGAAAUAAUUCUCAGAUUUUUUGUGAAUUUUUAAAGUUUUGUAAUUUUAAUAGCUCCUAGACGGCAAACUCUGUUGACACAAAAUCAUGCAUGCUGAUCAACACGUACCUGCUGUACUUUUUAGAAAAAAUGCAUCUCUUAAUUUUUGUUAAUUUUAAAACCAUUGUAAUUUCAAAGUAAAAGCAAGAUAAACAAAUAAUUUGCCACAUUAGCGAGAAUAUUUCAGAUUUAAAGAGACUAUGUUUAAAUACCUUAAAUUAAUUGCUGACAUGUCUCCUCAGCAUUCAUUGUUACAUAAAUGUUUCCUCAUGAAAUACAGACACAGACAGAUUUUCUGUGUGAAUUUGGUGUCACUAUAGUUUCAAAUGGAGGAACUUUUGGAAUUUAUAUUAUUAAAAGUUUCACACUAAAUCUAAACUGUAUACCUGGAUUAAACUAAAUAGUGUUGUGUGAUCAGUGUGUGUGCAGUGUUGUAUUUAGUGAAUUUGGUCACACUGCAGUGUGUAAUUGUGGACUUUUUCACAUAGUUUAUCACCAAACGUUUCUGGUGUGAUUAUUUGCUGACGGUCCCUGAGCGCUCGUUUUGCUCCGUCGGCCCAUAGAGAUCAAUGUACGCGUCGGGAGCAGAGCACGAUAGAGAGCGUUUUUUUAUUUUUAAGAAACUAAGUUGUAGCUUGUUCACUACCUUGCCGCGAUACCAAAGAGGUAUGCUAUCUUUCUAAAUACCCCUCUGUUCAGAAGGUAUUGAGCCGCAAAAGUCGAAUCUGUGGAUAUCUUGCUAACUUUACUGAAGUUUUGGAACAACGCCUCCUUGUGGUGUGUGCUUCGUCAUUAUGAUGAUGUUUUUUGUUACUAAGCUCUUGGAUAUUUUCUCUGUCACAGCUGGAUUAAAAAAAGCAAAUCUAAAAUUCCAAUUACACUUUCCAAAUUUGUUAUUCUGACCUAUUAUCUUGACAAAACACUUUAAAAAAGUAGUAUUUUCUUACCAGACUUUCUUUACAACAGCAGCUAGAUCACAGUAAACGACAAAUCUAACACACGAACAAUUCAAAACCUAAAUAAAAAUCAGUCAAUCAGAUUUAUUUAUAAAGUGCUUUUCAAACAAAGUGCUACUCAAAGUGCUUUACAAAAACAUGAACGUUCUCUGCGGCCCUGAGGCCCUUUGGUAGCUCGUUCCAGAGGCGAGGGCCAUAACACUAGAAGGACGCCUUGCCGUGAGUGUGUGCCCUGACUUUAGGGAUGACCAGGAGACGCCUGCCAGAGGAGUGCAGAGGCUGUGAGGGUUCAUAUGGUAAAAACAGUUCUGAGAGAUAAGAAGGCCCAAGACCAUUAAGACACUUAAAAACCAUUAGAAGAACCAUAAAAUUGAUCCUGAAACAUACGGGGAGCCAAUGCAAUGAUUCUAAAACUGGUGUAAUAUGCUCCCGCCUCCUGGUCUUCAUCAGGACACAUGCUGCCAAAUUUUGUAGAAGUUGUAAGCCUGAGAUGCUCUUUUUAGGAAGACCAGAAAGCAGGGCAUUACAGUAGUCUAUCCUACUGGUGAUAAAAGCAUGCAUCAGCAUCUCCGUAUUGGCCCGAGAGAGAAUGGGGCGGACUCUGGUGAUGUUCUUUAGAUGAUAAAAACAUAUUUUUGUGAUAUUUUUAAUGUGCGGGAUAAAAGUCAGCACAGAGUCAAAGAUGACACCCAGGUUCUUCACUUGUUCAGAUGGAUUAAAGGACAGAGAUUGUAAUUUUGGUAAAAGCUUCUCUCUCUGGGCCUCAGGACCAAUGACUAAAACUUCAGUUUUGUCCUGGUUGAGCUGGAGAAAGUUCUCUGCCAUCCAGGAUUUAAUGUCUAAAAUACAGUUAAAAAGUGCAUCCAAUGACCAAGAGUCAUCAGGAGACAUGGAGAUGUACAACUGUGUAUCAUCAGCAUAACUGUGAAAGUUAACCCCGUGUCUCCUGAUGACUCCGCCAAGAGGGAGCAUAUAAAGAUUAAAAAGCACUGGGCCUAAAAUUGAACCCUGGGGCACACCACAUGUAAUCCCAUGGACCCUAGAGGAACAGGUAUCCAAACUCACCAUGAAAGUCCUGUCUGUGAGGUAGGAUGUGAACCAUCUAUGUACAGCACCAGAGAGGCCAAUCUGUGUUAAACGAGUUAAAAGAAUAGUGUGGUCUACCGUAUCGAAGGCAGCACUUAGAUCCAGUAGAACCAACACCGUCAACUUCCGUUUAUCAUAAUUUACUCUAAAAUCAUUUAAAAUCUUCAGAAGGGCUGUCUCGAUGCUGUGGUUCACCCUAAAACCAGACUAAAAUUUCUCUAGGACAUUAUGAGUGUUUAUAAAAUCAUUUAGUUGAUUUAAAACCAACUUUUCUAAAAUUUUGCUUAAAAAUGGUAAGUUAGAUAUCGGUCGAUAAUUGUUUAAUUCAUUCAAAUCUAAAUUGCUCUUCUUCAACAGGGGCCUCACCACCGCCCUUUUAAAGGCAGCAGGAAAGACCCCCGUCUGAAGGGAGCAAUUCAUCAGGGUUAAAAUCUCAUCACUAGAAGAUCCAUAAAAUUGUUUAAAGAACGAAGUUGGAAUUGGGUCCAGAACACAUGCGGUGGGUCUCACUGAGGAGAAAACUUUAUCAAGAGUCUCAGCUUCUACAAGGACAAAGCUGUCCAGUGUUUCCUCUGGUAUAGACACACAUUCAGAUUGAUCUAAGACCUUAUUACUUAUGGAGGAUAAAAUAUUCCUUCUGAUGGUGUCUACCUUCCCUCUGAAGUGGGCUGCAAACUCCUCACAGAGUGCAUUUGAGGGUGUUUUCUGAGGUGAAUGGAGCAGGUUUCCAGCACCUACCAUGUCUUUAUAUGAGGACAAAGCAAACAUUUCUACAGAGGCUCAUUCUGAAGCCUUGGAGCUGGAGCUGACAUGCCCCAUAUGCCUCCAGCUGUUCUCCGAGCCUGCUUCUCUCCCCUGUGGUCACAUCUACUGCUUUGGGUGCCUUGAGACCAUGGGAGAAGGUGUGGACCGAUACAGCUGCCCAGAAUGUCAGGCUGAGUACCACAGGGCCACAGACCCGGUGAAGAGUUUCAAAAUGCGCAGCAUCGUGGAGACCUACAAAGCCAGUGCAGGGAAAGCCUUAGCUGGAGAACCUCCUGAUGUCAAGAAGAAUCACAACGAAUCAGAAACUAAACAUCAGCAGGAUGUGGAAACAGCUGGACAGAGUGGAGAGGGAGGCGAUGGAUGCAAGGCAAAGCAGGGCUUUAGAAUUGGAUCGGUGUCUGAAGAGCACCCGUUUCAUCUGGAUGAGGGAAAUGGCCAAAAGAGAGAAAUGAAUGAGCCCAAGUUUAAACUGGCAUCUCAGGUCACAGAGCUAAACCUCAAGUUAGAGUCGGCAGAAGGUGUCCUGAGGAAACAAGAGGAAUGGGAAAGUGGAGUGGCCACGGCUAACUCCCAGUUGAGAGAGACCACGUCUAAACGUUUGGCGCAGAUCAAAGACUUGGUUCAGGACUUUGCUGAGAAGGUGACUCAGAUGAUAGAGGAGGAGUUGGGUCCAGGUGAGGCUCUCGUACGCGCUCGUGUUAUUCAGACGUCUGAGCUGGUGAAACAGCUCAGGCAUGCUGGGCUCACAGCUGAAUCUCUUCUCACGGAAGAGGAUGAGAGGGAAUUCAGGGACCAGUUUGAAAGUCUGCAGCCGAGCAUCAUGGAUCUACUGGCCAAGCCGCUGGGAGAAGACGAAGAGUUGGUCGGUGCAAAAGUCAACCCCACGCAGGCUUGUUCCAAGCUGGACAACAUGAGCAGUGAGCUGAAAGACAGACUUGGAGAGAUUCAGCGCUCCCUUCGGAACACGCUCAACCCAUCAGAGGUGACCUUUGACCCGGAAACAGCCCAUCCUAACCUCCUCCUCUCUGAAGACUUGAAGACUGUCACUUACAGUGCUGCAAAACAGCCCUACCCAUCCUGCUCGCAGAGGUUCACCAGCUUCUUUCAGGUCCUCAGUACCCAGAGCUUCUCAGAAGGUGAGCACUGCUGGGAGGUGGAGCUGGAAGGCUCUCCGUGGAUCAUCGGCAUGUGUUACGGCAGGAAGCUAGUGCGCAGUGGCUUACCAUCUGCCCUGGAAUGCAGCCAGAGCUCCUGGUGUCUCAUGUGGUUCAAUAACCUGCUGACUGCUUUUGAGCGGAGUCACAGUGUGCCACUGAAGAGGACCACGGUGUCACGCAGGCUGGAGAUCAAGCUCAGCUUCAAGACCCACAGGCUGAGCUUCUACAACAUCAGUCCCACCAGUGGAAAAACCCAUAUCUACACGAUCAAGGCUAACCUGAGUGAACCAGUUCAUCUUGCCUACAGGAUGAUGUCAGGGCAUCCCAAAGCUCGGGUCACACUUUAUUCAUAAUCACAACUUUCAAAAUACGUGCAGAGGAGAAAUAAAAUUAUGUACUUUAUUUAAAAUAUGAAAGUUAAGACUUAAUCUGUGUGGGGGGGAAAGGUCUAAGAUUCUUGUUUAAAUCUGUUGUGAUUUAUACAUUUAAGUAUGACUGAAUUAUUGUCAAAAACAAGUUUCCAGUUAGUGUUUACAUUUUUGGGGUACCAAAUGUGUCAUAUUCAAUGUUAUCUACAUUUAAUUUCAAAUAAAAUGCAUUAAUUUAAAAUAAACUUUAAAAUCUGGCCA